AAUACACAUAGUAAAUAUUUUGUAUUGUUUGAAUAAUAAUAACAGGAAUAUUAAUUGACAUGAAAGGUUGUUUCUAAGCCGGUUAAAUUCGAAGGACUGUUUGAACCAAGGAUACGUGAUGGAUGGGUAUCCAAAGACCCUUGAACAAGCUAAGAAUCUAUUUCUGGUUAGCGAGGAAAGUUUAGAAAAAAUCGAAGAGGAAUUCGAGGACAAAAAUAUCAAAGUUACAACCGCUAACAUAACGAUUCUACCGGAAUUGGUCGUAGUUUUGGAAGCGAGCGAUGAGUUUUUGAAGGAACGAAUUAUAAACCGCCCAGAAAGAGAAAUACAAAACACGCAUUAUACAGAAGAGCACAUGAUACGACGCAUGAGAAAAUAUAGGUAUAUUUAUAUGAUUUUUUAUAACAUCGAGAUAAAAAAGUACCUUUGAAAAAUAUUUUAACUCACGGGAAAUAUUAUAGCUCAUUUAUAUCAUAAUAAUUUUGAUGAGUAAAUCGAUACUGAGACUGCAGGUGAGAUUGGAAGACAUUAAAGUUCGAUGUAAAA